AGAGAGAGAGAGAGAGAGAGAGAGAGAGAGAGAGAGAUCCAGACCCCCCUCCCAUCCCUCCUCGACAGACUCCCCACCUAACAACCUCAGCCCCGCAGCUAGGCUCUCUCACAACGACCCCACCCCGCCCCCAACCCUCCCUGAGAGAGGGGACGGAGCGAGACACACACCGAGGAAGAAGAAAAAGAAGAAGGGAAAAAAAAAUAGAAGAUCGCUUCGGGUUGCCCUCAAUCCGGGCCUACUAAUGCUGUAGCGUAGAGUGGAAGAGCGACGACAACGCACUGAUUGAGGAGUCGGCGUCGCGGGGUGGACCAAGGCGAAACCCGUGGGGGGAACACGACGCUUGUUCAUUCGCUUGUUCGUUACCAUCAUGGGAUGUACGCUGAGCGCAGAGGAGCGAGCUGCUCUGGAUCGGAGCAAGGCCAUCGAGAAGAAUCUGAAGGAGGACGGACUGGUGGCAGCCAAGGACGUCAAGCUGCUGCUGCUCGGCGGUGGAGAGUCCGGCAAAAGCACCAUCGUCAAACAAAUGAAGAUUAUCCAUGAAGAUGGCUUCUCUGGGGAUGACGUGAAGCAGUACAAGCCCGUGGUCUACAGUAACACCAUCCAGAGCUUGGCAGCCAUCCUGCGAGCCAUGGACUCGCUGGGAAUCGAGUUUGGAGACAAGGAUCGAAAAGCGGAUGCCAAGCUGGUGUGUGAUGUCGUGAGUCGCAUGGAGGACACGGAGCCAUAUUCAGCGGAGCUUCUCAGCGCCAUGAAGCGGGUUUGGGCUGACGCCGGGACUCAGGAGUGCUUCAACCGGGCCCGCGAAUACCAGCUCAACGACUCGGCCCAAUACUACCUGGACAGUUUAGACCGGAUCGGGGCUGCAGACUACCAGCCCACAGAGCAAGACAUUCUGAGAACCCGAGUGAAGACCACGGGCAUUGUGGAAACUCACUUCACCUUCAAAAACCUCCAUUUCAGGCUCUUUGAUGUGGGAGGGCAAAGGUCAGAGAGGAAGAAGUGGAUCCACUGCUUUGAGGAUGUGACUGCCAUCAUCUUCUGUGUGGCCCUGAGUGGUUACGACCAAGUGCUCCAUGAGGACGAAACAACUAACCGCAUGCACGAGUCCCUCAUGCUGUUCGACUCCAUUUGCAACAACAAGUUCUUCAUUGACACCUCCAUCAUCCUCUUCCUCAACAAGAAGGACCUCUUUGCGGAGAAGAUCAAGAAAUCACCGCUGACGAUCUGUUUUCCCGAAUACACAGGUGCUAACACUUACGAUGACGCAACUGCCUACAUUCAGGUUCAGUUCGAAAGUAAGAACCGCUCUCCCAAUAAGGAGAUCUAUUGUCACCUGACCUGUGCCACGGACACAGGAAACAUCCAGGUAGUGUUCGACGCCGUCACCGACAUCAUUAUCGCAAACAACCUGAGAGGGUGCGGCUUAUACUGAGCACGGCCGUCGUCGCCGAGAGCGUGAGGCGUUAUAUCAUUUUCAUGGUACUUAAAAAAAACAAAC